CUAUGGUAGAUAUUUUUGGCGACGCUUUGUUGGGCCAAAGGGAUCGUGAAUAUUUCUCUGGAUAACUAUUUUAUACAUUUUUUGAAGAUGGGAUUACACAAAAGAAAUCACGGGAGAAACAGUUGUUCGCUCGACUUAAUAAAGUCAGUGUGAAGAGGCUUCAAACAGGCCGACAGAGCCAAAAACAACACCAUGGCAAAAUUUGGGAGUGAAAAAUCCUUUUUAUCAAGACAGCGGUUGUCCAGAAAGACACCUGAUGAGGAGCUUGCUGUCAUUGAAAAUGGGGACAGCAGGACUCACUCUCGUUGUGAAGAAAUCGCUGACACAGCGCUGUCUUCAGAGUCCCAUAGAGACUUAUUUACAGGUGCUGGGGCCAUGGCCAGGCUCUCUUACGUCUUCUUCAUGCUGCGUAACUGGGCGUCUCACAGAGUGAACCCUGAAACGGAGAGGCACGACUCUUUUCUAGAGCGCUUUAGAGGUCCAGAGCUCAAAGACGUCUCCAGUCGAGAAAGCAAUGCCCAGUCUCUGGGCCACAACGACACAGUCCGUAAGAGAAAGAAAGAAGUCUGGAUUAUGGAUCCAGCUGCAGACCAGUACUACAGAUGGCUGACCGUCAUUGCAGGCCCAGUAUUUUACAACCUGAUGAUGAUUGUAACAAGAGCCUGUUUUAAUGAACUCCAGGAUACAUAUACAAAGCUAUGGAUAGUUUUAGACUACACAUCAGAUGCCAUAUACUACGCAGACACAUUUGUCAGGUCAAGAACAGGUUACUUGGAACAGGGCCUGCUUGUAAAAGACGCAAAGAAACUGAGAGAUAAAUACCGAACGACAUCUCAGUUUAAAUAUGAUAUGAUCUCAAUGAUACCUACUGAUCUGCUGUUCUUAAGAUUUGGCUUCAACAACCCGGAGUUCAGAUUCAACCGUCUUUGCAAAAUGUCCAGGCUUUUUGAAUUCUUUGAGCGGACUGAAACUCGAACAAGCUUCCCUAACAUGUUUCGUAUCAGCAAUCUCGUGCUUUAUAUCCUUGUUAUUAUCCAUUGGAAUGCUUGCUUGUUCUUUGCCAUUUCAAAAACCAUUGGUUUUGGAUCAGAUACGUGGGUGUAUCCCAAUAUUAGCCAUCCAGAGCAUGGCCGCCUGGCUAGAAAGUACAUUUACUCCCUAUACUGGUCCACAUUGACCCUCACCACCAUCGGAGAAACCCCUCCACCAGUAAGAGACGUCGAAUUCCUCUUCGUGAUUUCUGACUUCCUCACUGGUGUGCUCAUCUUUGCUAGUAUUGUCGGUAAUGUCGGUGCCAUGAUCUCCAACAUGAAUGCUUCUCGUGCUGAGUUCCAGGCAAAAAUUGACUCCAUUAAGCAGUACAUGCAGUUCCGAAAGGUCACCAAAGACCUGGAGGCAAGAGUCAUCAAGUGGUUUGACUACCUGUGGACUGAGAAGAAGACCUGCGAUGAGAAGGAAGUACUCAAGAACCUCCCAGACAAGCUCAGGGCUGAGAUCGCCAUCAAUGUCCAUUUGGAUACACUAAAAAAAGUGCGUAUUUUCCAGGAUUGCGAAGCCGGUCUGCUGAUUGAGUUGGUGCUCAAGCUGCAGCCACAGGUGUUCAGUCCUGGAGAUUACAUCUGUAAGAAAGGGGAUAUCGGCAGGGAGAUGUACAUCAUCAAGGAGGGGAAGCUAGCUGUGGUGGCCGAUGAUGGAGUCACUCAGUUUGUGGUGCUCAGUGAUGGCGCAUACUUUGGGGAAAUCAGUAUCUUGGGUAUCAAAGGAAGUAAAGCAGGCAACAGAAGAACAGCCAACAUCAGAAGUGUUGGCUACUCCGAUCUCUUCGCCCUAUCCAAAGACGACUUGAUGGAAGCUCUCACUGAGUAUCCCGAGGCCAAAAAAGCUUUGGAGGAGAAGGGAAAAGCCAUCUUGAUGAAAGACAACCUGAUUGAUGAGGCUGUUGCCAAUGCUGGAGCUGACCCCAAAGACAUGGAGGAGAAGAUAGGGAAACUGCAGAGCAACCUAGAUGACAUGCAGACCAAGUUUGCGAAGCUGAUGGCGGAGAUAACCUCUGGCCAGACGAGGAUGAAGCAGAGAGUCACAGAUAUGGAGGCCAAAGUGAAAUCUAUAAAGCCUGAGGACCUGUCAGAAGUAAUGGCUGAUAAAGACAAUAAAGUAAAAUAAGGAGAUACUUGAGGACUUUAAAGGGAAUGAAGGAAUUUUCACUUAGAAUACUUUUUAAAGGCCCAUGUUUGUAUGUAUUUAUACAUCUCUGUUCAUAUUAUCGUGUCAAAAUAUGUACAGCAAAAUGCAGCAAAUGCAUAUUUUGUGUGUACUUUUCAAUGACAAUUUUAUAUUGUCAUCAACUUCUUGAGUAUGUCCAUCAGAAGCACUCAUGUAUGCAAAAGCUUGGCUUUCCACAGCCUUAGAAUAUAAAAGAGGAAUGUUUUUUUUCCUGAUCAGUAUUGACUUUUUUAUUUUUAAUGCAAAUACAGGAUCAAACAAUCCAUUUGAAACUGUAUGUGAAUGUAAAAAUACAUUGUAAUGCAGUUAUGUUUAUAUAAGUUAUCAGAGUACAUUAUCAGUUGUAAAUUGCAAUGUUAUAUGUUGAUAAACAUUAAAAUGUUCUUAUAACAUUUACUGUGACUAGGUUUUCAUUUUUUAUCUAGCUAUAUGCCUUGAUGUCUUUACUAGCUGUAAAGUCCCUUAAACUGGCUAAAAAUCUAAAUUAUUCAAUAAAUAAAUUUUAGCUCAGAUAAGCUACAGUAGCUUAAAGAAGUCCAAGUCCAGUGCGUAUGCCCUCAUUGGUCUGUGUAGUGCCAUUCUUAAUAGAAAUGCUGUUAUGUGCUUCUUAAAAUGAUUUGCAGGCAUUUAAAACUGACAUUUCAAGCUUCCUAAACUUUCCUUGUGCAAAAUGUGCACUACACAGACUAGAAAAGCAAUUCCUUUAUCUUUCUGGUAAAAUCUGGACUUUUCCAGUGUUACUAUAAUUUUUUUAACCUAUAUUAGUAACUCAAACUUUCCAUGAAGUUGCCAAAUAAUACUUUGCAAUGCUUUGCUCAAGAUAAUUUUGCAAUUUGAAACAUUUGGCAGUAUGCUGAGCAUUGAAAGCUUCAGGGCAACCCUGAUGGAGAUCACAUGGUGAAAAGUUUUAGGCAUGUAGGGCGCAAAGGAUGCAUCAUUGAGGCUGAUGUGCCACAACUCUUGUCUGGGCCUUUUCACCCCUAUAAAUAUAAAAAAAUAAAUGUCUCCCAUAAACCCCAGCUUCUGUGGCCACCAUCAGGAGGAUUUGAGAGGAAAUAAUAGUGCCCCAUCUAAUCCACAAGGCCACCAUUUUCAGAGCCUUACAUCUGUGAUACUUUUGUAGAUAACCAGUGAAUGUCUGACUCUUCUACUGUGUAGUGUGUGUGAGAGAGAAGGAGGGAGAGGUAGUAUGCAAGAGUUAUUUCCAUUCACAUCUUGUUAAUAAUUGAUAUUCUUUUAUUAUAACGUAACAAAAAAAUGGAUUGGACAUUUAUUCAUAAAAUUAGUUUUACAAAGGGUUAAAGACAAAUAUGAACAAAUACUGUCUAUAUUGCUUGUAAAAGGGUUGAAGUCGAUCCCUGUUCAGAAAUGUCACAUAGUUGUUUUGGCUGUAUUGAUUUAAAAAUCUAAUUAUGCAACUUGUCCAUCAGACCCAGGAACAUUGGCUGUGUAAAAAAAAAAAGAAAUUGAAAUCCACACAAGGGUUAAGAACAAAUUUCUUCUCAAGAACGAUUGGUGGAUGAUGCCCAAUGAUUUCUUGAUGAUAGCGAGUGAAUUUAUCUUGAGAAAAGAACAGAAAUCUACUUGUUCUCAUGAAAAAAAGAGUAAAAUUACAAAAGUAUGGAUACAUGUCUACUUGGGGCUUCUAUAGUUUUUUACUGUUCUGGAGUA